AUGACCGGAAACUUCAAAUGCGGCGAACCCGGUGACUCACCCUCCACGUGUCGCUCUCUCGUCGGUUACUCAAGCAAGAACGCCACAACGUUGCGUAAUAUCCAAACCCUUUUCUCCGUCAAGAACCUCCGUUCGAUCCUCGCAGCUAACAAUCUCCCACUCUCCACCAGACCUGACCAACCCGUGAACCCGAACCAAGUCGUACGCAUACCAAUCCCUUGUUCUUGCUCCAACGGAACCGGUGUAUCGAACCGGGUCCCGGAAUACACGGUUAAGAAAGACGACGGUCUUAGCUUCAUCGCAACUGAGGUUUUCGGCGGGCUGCUUAAGUACCAGAAGAUCGUUGAGAUGAACAAAAUCCCUAACCAGGACCUAAUCGAAGUCGGUCAAAAGUUUUGGAUCCCUUUACCUUGUAGCUGUGAUAAAUUGGACGGUCGAGAUGUUGUUCACUAUACACACGUGGUCAAAUCUGGAAGCUCUCUCGGUGAGAUCGCUGCUCAGUUUGGAACGGAUAACACCACUCUGGCUCGGCUUAAUGGGAUCUCCGGUGAUGCUCAGCUCCUCGCUGAUAAUCCUCUCAACGUCCCUCUCAAAGCUUGUAGCUCUUCUGUGAGGAAUGACUCGUUGGACGCUACUAUGAUGCUUCUGCCUAACAGCUCAUAUGUUUUCACUGCAAACAAUUGCAUCAAGUGCUCUUGUGAUGCUUCAAAGAAUUGGACUUUAAGUUGUGAAGCCUCCUCUGAACUUAAGCCUUCGAACUGGAAAACUUGCCCGUCUUCACGAUGCGAAGGAGCAGAGAGUUUGCUUGUAGGUAACACAACUACUACCUCUUGCGGACCUCGUUCUUGCGCCUAUGCUGGUUACUCCAACCAGACCAUCUUCACAACCCUUUCUCCAGAUUCAUGUCAAGAUUCUGGUGGUCCUGGUAACCAUGCUUCAACGUUCAGCUCAAGCUUCAGUUUGGUGAUGGCCUUGAUCCAGUGUGCUUUGCUUUGUCUCUGUCUAUUUUAA